AUGAAUGAUUUGAUCCAACUGGUAUUUGGAGAUCCAUAUAUCACUUUACAAUGUUCUCUGGGUGAAUGUUUACACAGAAGUGAGAUUCCUGGUUUUGAGUUCCCCGACCCCCCCAGAUGGACUCUUGGAAAUUUGUUGAUAAUCAUGUCAGUUUUGAUGAUCGGCGCGUUGGCCGCAGCUCUGGGUAUUUAUAACUUUCGCAAACUGCCCUUGUUCGGGGGUAGCAAAAUCGCUUUGAGUGAUUCUGAUGAGCCUCACGUUGAUGAAAAUGUUCCACGUGUGACCCUCCUGUUCGAGCACGUAUCCUACACUGCUCCUAAUGGAAACCGCAUUCUUCAUGACGUUUUUGGGAUUGUCAAACCCAAUGAGUGCAUGGCCAUAAUGGGUGGAUCGGGAGCUGGAAAAACUACUUUACUUGACAUUCUAGCUCUGAAAAACAAGCAAGGUGAAGUGAGAGGCAACGUUUCCGUCAAUGGACAAUCUAUUGGACAGAAACAAUACAAAAAAAUAUCUGGCUUCGUUGAUCAAGAGGAUCAUCUUAUUGGUACAUUAACGGUAUACGAAACCGUGCUAAAUUCGGCUCUUUUGCGACUUCCCCGAAGCAUGUCUUUUUCUCAAAAACAUGGGAGAGUUCUUGAGGUUCUAUCAGAAUUGAGAAUUCUCUCCAUAAAGGAUCGGGUCAUAGGUAAUGAUUUCAAUCGGGGUAUUUCAGGUGGAGAAAAGCGUCGUGUUCUGAUUGCUUGUGAAUUGGUUACACUGCCUCUGAUCCUCUUCUUGGACGAGCCAACCCUGGGCUUGGACUCUUUCAACGCUUAUAACGUUGUUGAUUGCUUGGUGAAGUUGGCUCGGAACCAUGAUCGAACAAUCGUAUUUACCAUUCAUCAACCUCGCCUGAACAUAGUCGCACUCUUUGAUAAGAUGCUUGUUCUUUCUGGUGGUAACACAGUAUAUUCUGGUGAGGCAAUUAAAUGCCAGGAUUACUUUGCGAAAGCUGGUUUCCGUUGCCCCUUGGGCUACAAUUUGGCUGAUUAUUUGAUAGAUUUGACAGUUGAUGACACUGUCAAACCUAGUGAUUUAGAGUCACAAGCUCUUCAAAUAUCUCGCCGAAAUACCACUGCUGAGUGGGAAGAUUUUGCUUCAAGAAGAGAAGAAUUGAAUGCAGAGAUUUCUGGAGAAUCCAUUGAGCAACCACCACCUCGAUCGAAAUUGACGACCUUAUUUUUGGAGUCACCAAUUGCCCAGGAAGAAAUCAUCAAGAUAAACGACAUCAAGGCGGAAAGACCUUCACUCUCAGUUUCCACCGCGAAAGCCGCUCUGAUUACUCAACAGAUUUUGAUAUUGUCUCUGAGGACCUUCAAAAACUUGUACCGUAACCCCAAAAUGCUUUUACUGCAUUACACGUUGCUGUUCUUGGUUGGCAUAUUUUGUGGGUACUUAUAUUACAACGUUUCCAACGACAUAUCAGGGUUCCAAAACAGAUUGGGCUUCUUUUUCUUCGUGUUAGCGUUUCUCGGAUUUUCACUGUUCACAGGUUUGCAUGCAUUCGCUGAAGAAAGAAUCAUUUUCAUUCGUGAACGAGCAAAUAAUUACUAUCAUCCCUUCAGUUAUUACGUGUCCAAAAUUCUCUGUGACAUUAUUCCCCUUCGAGUAUUUCCCCCUAUAAUUUUGUUACUGAUAUCAUACCCAUUGGUGGGACUCACUAUGGAGCAUAAUGGAUUUAUCAAAGCAUUGUUGGUAUUGGUGUUAUUUAAUGUUACAGUCGCCGUCGAAAUGCUUAUUAUUGGAAUUUUAAUUAAGGAUCCUGGUGCACUGACGAUAACAGCUGUACUAGUUCUUCUUCUUUCUUUAUUAUUCGCUGGUUUGUUCAUUAAUUCUGAUGAUUUGACGUCUCAAAUACGUUGGUUGGAGUGGAUCUCAUUGUUUCACUAUGCUUAUGAAGCGUUAGCGAUCAAUGAGGUCAAGGAUUUGAUUCUUCGAGAGAAAAAAUAUGGGUUACUGAUUGAGGUUCCAGGCGCAACUAUUUUAUCCACUUUCGGUUUCAAAGUUGGCAAUUUUUGGUUUGACGUUAGGUCUAAGGCUCUUGCUUGUGUUUCUUUGAUAGGCUAA